CUCGGUAGGGCUCCCGACUCGGCAACUCGCCAUGGCCGCCGCCGCCAGGUCUCUACUACGCUCCUCCGCCUCCGUUAUCCGUGCUGCUCCGGCGAGAUCGUCUUCCCUCGGGGUAGGCGCGCGUCCUUCCGUCCGUCGCGCGUUGGCUGCGCCCCCUCGCCUCCUCAGGUUGCCCGUGGAGGCGAGCUUCUGCCUGGAGUCCCUGCUGCCGCUGCACAGCGCCACCGCCUCAGCGCGGCUCAAGUCAAUGCUCGCCGUCGUGCCCGGCCAAGGCAUCGGCUGGAUCAUUGAAGAUAAUUGAUACCGCAGACAACUUAUCUCUUGUUCAAAUGUCUAGCUGAUUGGCGUAUUGUGUAAACUUGGUGUGCCUAUUGAUUAUGUAGAGGAAGCACUUCCGCCAUAGGUCUUCCUUUUGGCCCUUUUAGGACCUCAUUGGUUCAAAACAUACAAAUGGAAAAUGUAUAUGUUUGGUUCAAAGGAAUAACCGAUGAAAUUA